AUGGAGAGUACUAAGAAUAACGACGGGGCAAAUGGGAAUGGAAAAGAUUUAAGCGUGGUUGGCGCGUUGACGCUCUCGGUCGUAUCCUCGGUGUCCAUCGUCAUCGUGAACAAGUAUUUAAUCUCGACGUUAGAGUUUCAAUACGUGACCUUUUUGACGGCGAUGCACAUGAUCGUCACCGCGGUCGCGUUACGGUUCGCGGCGAAGUAUAACUUUUUAGAGCCGAAAGAAGUCGAACGACAAGCUUUGUUGAGGUUUUCGUGCAUCAACGGGAUUUCGAUCGCGUUUUUGAACUUGAGUUUGGGCUUUAACUCGGUCGGGUUUUAUCAGAUGACGAAGCUGGCGAUUAUUCCGUGCACGGUGAUGAUGCACACGAUUUAUUACGGGAAGAAGUAUUCGAGCUCUAUUAAAGGUGCGCUCGGCAUUUUGUUACUCGGUGUGGGGAUUGCUACGGUGACGGAUAUGCAAUUGAACGGUCUCGGGACGUUCAUGUCCGUCUGCGCGGUUAUCACGACGUGCGUGUCCCAAAUUUGGACAAACCAUUACACGAAACAAUUCCAAGUGAGCAGCACGCAGCUCUUAUACGCCGCGUCCCCGUACAUGGCAGCUAUUUUAGCGACCAUAGCGUUGCCAUUGGACGCGCAAUUAGUCGGUGGAACCCCGUUCGAUGUCACGUGGUCCGUCCCCGUUCUCUUCUGGGCGGCGUUAUCGUGCGGCAUCGCCGUCUCGGUCAACUUCUCCACCUUUUUAGUCAUUGGAAAAUGCGACGCGGUCACCUACCAAGUCUUGGGCCAUUUAAAAACCAUGCUCGUCCUUGGUUUCGGUUUCACCGUCAUCGGUAAUCCAGCGACCGGGCGAAACUUGAUGGGCAUCGCCGUCGCGUUAGUCGGCAUGGUCGUGUACGCCCAAGUCGAAUCGAGAGAAAAAGCCGCCGCCGCGGCGAACGGUAGCCAGAAGGAAGGGAAGGAAUUAGCCGGUCCGGGCGCGCCAAUCGCCAUAGGUGGAUUGAGAGGAGGAGGAGGAUCCACGAACGUGUAA